AUGGAUUCUUUCUCACGACUACCGCCGGAAAUCCGAAGGAACAUAAUUGUUCACGUCGAGUCAUACUCCGCCAUCAUGAAGCUCAUUCGCGCAUCUCCCACAAUGCUAUGGCAGUAUACAAUAGACCGAGAUGGCAUCGCACGAGAGAUCCUCAAGCCGAUAUUAGCUUUGGAUGAUACCGGUACCAUCCUACAGGAUGCACUCAUCAUAGCCCACAGUCGCAAUUAUGAUACAGACGUUGUUACUGAUGAGGAGCUCUUACUAUCACGAGACCGACCCGACCCGCUAGCGCAGAAAGAUAGAAACAUGACGAUGAGGCUUUACCGCGUGAUAUCUUUUGCUAUUUGCUGGAUCGAAGACUACCUGGGCAAAGCCACCGAUCCGUUUCCUUCACGAGCUUACAUGGCUCUUCCAGAGAUGGCGACCGGCUGGACUGGCACACGAUUUCAAGACGAGAUAGUUGACAUCACGCCAGUCUUUUUUAGUCAACUUCGAUUGUCAGAGAGGUAUCGCCUUCUACGAGCAUUUCUGAGUCUGGAAAUUAUUUUCAGAUGCUACGUUCUCUUCCCACAGAGACGGGGACUUCUUGAAUGGACCACUGGCGCAUCACAGAUACAGGAUCCCAGUGACACGGAGUGGGACGAUAUAAUGUGUUCCACAGAGUAUUUUAGAGUCCUCUACAAAACCCUCUUCAAUGAAGCGGCAUGGGGAAAAAGAAGGCGAAGUGUUCGAAAAGCCAACGCGCAAACUGCUCCAGGCUCUACUCUUCCGAAUCGGCUGUCGUUAGAUUCCCCUACCACAAACACUGACAGCCUGGAACAAGGAACAUCUCUCAGAUUUCCACACUCCAUCUGUGUCGAUACCCAACUUCGUCAUUCUGACUUUUUUCCUUUGUAUAUUCGCCACGAAACCCCCAGCUUCGGCUUCAGCGACCUCAGUUCAAUGCUUAUCUCGGGUGCUCCAAAUUUCCAAGACACAGACUUCAUCAUCUGCAUGGGGAUGUACUUUUCCAUCAUCUACUGA